AUGAAUAGUACCGAGCGCAUCAGAUUUCAUCGUCAAAGAGUUCUUGAUAUUAGUGGUCGCCUGAAACUUAUACGUGAAGUAGGUGCAGCUACUGGACAAAUUCCUAGUAUUGAUAAUAUGAAUCAAAAUGAUAAUUUAAAGUAUGCUAAUGAUGAACAAAUCGAUGAUGAUCCAAUGAACAUAUAUUUUGAUGAAAUGUAUGAAGUAAAUAACAAUGAAAAUGAAUAUGAAGACUUAAAUAACAGCAAUAGUAGUGUUGAACCUGAUUCUGAUCCUGAUAUUGAUUUUACAACAGAUAUCGAAGAUGAAGAUGAUAAUACUAACAUUCGUCUUUAUCCGAAUAGCUGUAUAACACUUCGUCAAGCAUAUACAGCAAUAAAAGCAUUUAUUAUUAAGUGCAAUUUGGCGUUUACACAAACGUUAUAUUUAAUAUCGUUGUUACUCUUCUUAUUACCCUAUGGUCAUCGUUUAACUCGAUCAGGAAUAGUACGGUCAUACAAAAAAAGAGAACAAUUUUCUUACAUUACAUAUUGUAUCAAAUGUAAUGAAGAGGUGAAUGCCGUCGAUGGCAAAUGUUCACCUACAUGUCUUCUUUAUGGGAGUCAAAGGACGGCGGACUCUUUAACCGAAUUGUGUAUAUGUAAUGCGUUUGAUCGAAUUAAAUGCGUUGUGAAACGUAAUCUGUCUUUAAUAUUAGAAUAUCAAAAACGUGCUGAUCAUAUUUUACCUAAUGACAUUGUCAAUAGCGCCUUGUAUAAUAACCUACAUCAAGAUAGUAAAUUUCAUCGUUUAACUUUAAUGAUUCAUUCCGAUGGAAUACAGAUGAUUACAACUAAAUCAAAGAAGUUCUAUGUUGUUACUGGUACAUUAUUAGAAAUUCCACCACCACUUCGUGACUAUGCUCGCAAUAAACUACUGUUGGUAACAUAUUUGUCCGAAAAUGAGCCAACACCAUUAUUACUCUACGAUCGUCUUUGUAAACAGAUAAACAAACUCAUUAGUGAAGAUUUUAUUUUAAUUGAUCAUCAAAAAUUUAAUAUUAAAUUUCAAUUAUUUAAAGCCGAUCUUCCUUGUCGAUCAAUGUCAAUUUGUAUUAAACAACACAACGGCUAUUACAGUUGUUCUAAUUGUUUACAAUAUGGAAAAACGAUUGGAGGAACACUUGUUUACUACCCUUACAUCGGCCCACAGCCUCCUCGUUCACACGCAAGCUACUUAUUGGCAGCAAUUGAGGCCGAAAGAAACAAAAAUCAACUCUCCGUUUUUGGAAUUCAUGGAAAAUCACCAUUAUUAUCAUUAUUUUUUGAUGUUGAAAAGAAUUGUCCGUUCGAUUAUAUGCAUCUUUGUUGUAGUACGCAUAUAUCUUUAUUAUUAAACAUUUGGAUUAAACGAUAUGGACUCCACACUCUUUCUUCUUUUGUGGAAAAUAUUAUCUCUCCAAUGGACUCUACAACAAUAACUUCAUUGAACUGCAUCAACUGGUGGAAGUCCAAAGAUUAUCGAUUGUUUUUGUUGCAUGUAUCUUUUCCACUAAUACUUAUUUUUGGUCCACCUGAAUUAAGCUCUCAUUUUCUAUUAUAUUUUGUUGCAAUACGAGUUAUGCAUUUUUAUGAAAAUAUCCAAGAUGUAGUUGCCAUCGAACCUUUACUUGAUGAAUACCGUAAAGUUAUCUCGACUGUUUAUAACGAUGAUAAACUUCAACUAUAUAGUCUACAUGCUCACAAGUAUCUUCCAAAACAAGUUUUAUCACAUGGUGCUCUUUUUGCUCAUGGUUGUUUCGGUGAUGAAAGUUUCCUUGGAACUCUGAAAAGAAGUAGACGAGGAAACAUCAGAGUUCCCUAUCAGAUUUUUAAGUCUUACCUUUUACGUGAUUCUCAAUACAAUGAAGAACAGUCGACGAUGACCAUUGAUAAACUAUUCAUUGAUGAAAAAAUUUAUGAUGAUUCGUAUUUAAGCAUUAAAGUUCGUCAAGAUUAUUUUGUCGAAUUUAAAAAACUUUAUCUACAUUUAUUUAAUGAAACAAUAAAUACUGAUUUUCCAUUAUUUUGUCGUUUCGUUCGUGGCACACUUAAAUUUAAUUCAUUAUUGUAUAGUAGAAUCGGCUCGAGAUUAAGCAACAUUGUUUCCUUUAAACAUAAUCGAUGUCCUGUGAGUAAAUCUAAAUGUUUCGGCAUUUUAAUUUGGUAUUUUAGCUAUCGUUCAAAAAACUAUGCAUUUAUCAAACGAUUAACAUGUACAAAUGCCGUAUUAAGAACUCAACGCAAUGAUCGCUUUGCAACCGUAGCACAUGAUUUUAUCGAUCGCUUUUAUAAUCUUAUCAAUUUAAACGUGUUUGACUUUCACAUAAUACCUGUAGAUGAGAUUCUUCAUCAAACCAACGAUGAAGAUAUGAUUGCACCAUUAGACAAAUGUAAUAUUACAAAUGAUGAUACAGUCGAAUAUCGAUGUGGACAACACGUUUAUGAAGGUUCAUUAACAACACUCGGUCCAAAAACCUUUUGUGAUAAAUUGUUGAAGAAAAUGAAUGGUCAUUCGACCGAUUACUUAUAUUCAUCAUUGCCAGAUGAUGAUGAACAAGAUGAAGAAGAAGAUGAAGAUGAUCGUUAUCUACAUGGUGCAAAAAGUACUCAAGAUACAGUUGCCGGUCCAGCAGGAUCAUCUUCUAUUAUUCAAAUAAAAUCACCGACUACUGCGGUGAGUACUAAUGAUUCCAAUGUCGUGCAAAAUAUUGAACCGACAACGUUGUCAUCUGCUAGAAAUUAUUCAUCAGAAUUAACAUCAAUUCAAACGAUCGAACCUACCGAUUUUGCUCAUAUGGCGUCGAAUGAAGUUUCGAUCGAAAUUCUACAUGCUACAUCAACAAUGUCACCGACACCUACACGCACAAACAUUCACGAGCCUGAAACGUGUGAGAAAAGCUAUCGAAACGUUCAUACACCUGUCGCAAAGAAACGCUCAAUUCCACUUCUAUCAUCAUCAUCAUCAUCAUCAUCGAAUAAACUUUCUCCAUGUAUACGUUUUAUCUCUCUGCUUAUCUUUUUUAAUGAUGUCUUUGUCUCUAUUGCAGCUGAUCGUUUAUCUAAUAUCGAAUGUGCCAUGAACAGUUUAAUCUCUUAUGUGAAUGAGCUUGCUGAACAAGUUUCAUCCUUAUCUGGUCAAUUGAAACCCAUGUCAAAAACAUUAAAAGUUAUUCAUAAUCAUGUUGUACCUCAUACUGUCACAGAUGUUAUUGCAACACCUUCCUCUUUAAGAACUCCAACAUCAUCUUUUAUGACGCCAGAAGCGAAAAAAGUUUUGAUGUUCAAUGAUCAAAAUUUAAUGAAUUUAAAACACGAAUUGACUUCAAUUCGAUCUUUCUUACGUAAAAUGACAAUGAAAAUGUAUUCACGUGGUGAAAUAUUAGCUGAACAACAUUUAGAUGAUAAAGAUGAUCGAUAUAUGACAAUAAUUCAAGGUUUGAAGAGUGGUUUCAAUUUGAAUGAUGACGGCAUCGAAGCUCUACAUGCAUCAUUGAAAGAAACAAGACGUCAAUUGGCACGGGAUGUACGAUAUUUAAAAGUUAUGAAGCCAACAUCUGUAGAACGUGCAUUAACAAAAAAUAUCGAUCAAAAUCAGAACGAAAGUACGACUGAACAAAAGGAGAACGAUUCAACAGAUGGCAAUGAUACAUAA